AUGACGCAAGAUAUCAAGACAUUUAAGACCAGAUUCCUCAUUCUAUCCGACACUCAUGCCCAACCGUUGGUGCCGCCAAGCGUGCCUGUGGACGUGGCGAUUCACUGCGGCGAUUUGACCGAACAGUCCAAGAUGGCCGAAUUCCGCACCACCAUGGCUCUUCUCCAGGGUAUCGACGCGCCCCUUGUACUCGUCAUCGCCGGCAAUCACGACUUCACCCUCGACACAGAGGUCUACAAGAAAAAGGCUGCAGAGGCCAACCGGCUCUACUCAAUUGACCCCAGGGACAUGGCCGCAGUGUAUGGCCACUUCCACCAUGCCCGCGUGCUCCUCGACACAUACAGCGGCAUCAUCUUCCUUGACGAAGGCACCCACCAGUUUGACCUGCGCAACUGCGCCCGGCUGACAGUCUACGUCAGCCCCUUCACCCCAUCCGCAGACCCAGACGGGGGCUUCCAGUACCGGCUCGGCGAGCAGCACGACUUUGCCAUCGACCGCUCCGCCGACGUCCUCUUUGCCGCCGUUGCGCGCGCCCGGCCCCGGCUGCACUGCUUCGGCCACAUUCACGAGGGCUGGGGCGCCAAGUUGGUGACCUGGCGCGGCGAGACGCCCAGCGAGAACCCCUCCCACUUCACAGACAUCGACUAUGGCGCGUCUGUGGUUAUGGAGACGCUCGCGACGCUGCGGCCAGGCAAGUGGGAUGAUGCGGAGGCGGUGAAGGAGAAGGAGACGUUGGCUGGGAUGCUGGCGGCGCAGGGGUACCAGCAGACGAGCCAUUGCGCGGGGGAUGACCGCGCCAUCACCCCUGGAAAGGAAACCCUGUUUAUGAAUGCGGCUAUCCAGCCGGGGCCUGAAGAUGAUGGGCCUCGGCAGCUGCCGUGGGUUGUCGACAUCGAGCUCCCGGGAAUACCAGCAACGCCGGCUGCGUAA